CCGCCUCCGCCUCCGCCUCUUCCCCAAUCGGAAUCCCGUCCAGCAAGGAGGCGCUGGCGGUUGCGCUCAAAUGCACUCGACCUAGCUAGCCAAACUUCUCCUGCACCCAGAGAAACUAGAUCGGAUGGCGAGGAAGAGGAAGCGGCGGGGCGACGGCGCCGCCACGGAGGCGCCGGUGGAGGUGGCCCAGCAGGAGGCUCCCGCGGCUGCUGCUGAUUCAGCCGCGGCUGCGAAGACUGGGCGACCGCGGGGAAGCGACGCCACGGCCGAGCAGGAGGCGUCCGCCGCCGUGCACGCGCCCGGUCCUGCUGAUUCAGGGAAGGAGACAACGGACGUGGAGGGAAAGAAGCCUAAGCGCACGAAGAAGAAGAAGAAGACGGAUCAAUCUCCGCGUCCUCCUGCAUCGAAUGCUGAUGCUGCUGCCACGGGUAAAUCUGGUGAUGACUGCACAGAUGGGGUGGGUGUUCUAGGAGACGCUGAAGUUACUAUGAACCCAAGAAAUGGGGACCAUCCAGAGAGGAAGAAGCCUAAGCGCGGGAACAAGAAGAAGAAUAUGCAGCAACCGUCCCCUUCUGCUGUCUCUGAUGGCAAUGCUGUUGAGCUUGACAAAUCCACAACUGACUGUAAAGACGUUGAAAAUGUACUAGGAGAUGACGAAACUAUUAGGAGUCCCAGAAAUGAAGAGGAUCCAGGCUUUUCUGUUGAGCAGGAUAUACCGGAGAGGAAGAAGCCUAGGCGCAAGAAACGGAAGAAUAACAAGCAGGAGCAAUCCCCUUCUGCUGUAACGGAUGGCGGCACAAUUGUGGUUGGUACGUCUGGAAAUGACUGCACACAUGGGAAAGGUGUUCCAGGAGUUGCUGACGUUAGUAUGAGUUCCAGAAAUGGAGAGGAUCAAGACUGUCCUGAGGUAAACAUUGGAGAGAAAGGGGCACCAGAGAGGAAGAAGCCUAAGCGCAGGCAGAAGAAGAAGAAUAUGCAGCAACCAUCCCCUUCUGCUGUCUCUAAUGGCAAUGCUGUUGAGCUUGACAAAUCCAGAACUGACUGUAAAGAUGUUGAAGAUGUACCAGGAGAUGACGAAACUAUUAGGAGUCCCAGAAAUGAAGAGGAUCCAGGCUUUUCUGCUGAGCAGGAUAUACCGCAGAGGAAGAAGCCUAGGCGCAAGAAAUGGAAGAAUAACAAGCAGGAGCAAUCCCCUUCUGCUGUAACAGAUGGCGAUGCAAUUGUGGUUGGUACAUCUGGAAAUGACUGCACACAUGGGAACGGUGUUCCAAGAGUUGCUGACGUUACUAUGAGUUCCAGAAAUGGGGAGGAUCAAGACUGUCCUGAGGUAAGCAUUGCAGAGAAAGAGACACCAGGGAGGAAGAAGCCUAAGCUCAAGAAACGGAAGGAGAAUAAGGAGCGAUCCACUGCCACUGUGUCUGAUGAUGGUGCUGUUCUGUUACACAAAUCUGAAAAUGACUGCAUUGAUGGGGAUGAUGCUUCAGGAGAUGCUCAAGUUAGUGUGAGCACCACAAAUGUAGAAGAUCCAUACUGUCCCGAGGUCAACAUUGCAGAGAAGGGAACAAAUGAGAGGAAGAAGCCUAAGCUCAAGAAACGGAAGGAGAAUAAGGAGCGAUCCACUGCCACUGUGUCUGAUGAUGGUGCUGUUCUGUUACACAAAUCUGAAAAUGACUGCAUUGAUGGGGAUGAUGCUUCAGGAGAUGCUCAAGUUAGUGUGAGCACCACAAAUGUAGAAGAUCCAUACUGUCCCGAGGUCAACAUUGCAGAGAAGGGAACAAAUGAGAGGAAAAAGCCUAAGCCCAAGAAACGGAAGGAGAAUAAGGAGCGAUCCACUGCCACUGUGUCUGAUGAUGGUGCUGUUCUGUUACACAAAUCUGAAAAUGACUGCAUUGAUGGGGAUGAUGCUUCAGCAGAUGCUCAAGUUAGUGUGAGCACCACAAAUGUAGAAGAUCCAUACUGUCCCGAGGUCAACAUUGCAGAGAAGGGAACAAAUGAGAGGAAAAAGCCUAAGCCCAAGAAACGGAAGGAGAAUAAGGAGCGAUCCACUGCCACUGUGUCUGAUGAUGGUGCUGUUCUGUUACACAAAUCUGAAAAUGACUGCAUUGAUGGGGAUGAUGCUUCAGCAGAUGCUCAAGUUAGUGUGAGCACCACAAAUGUAGAAGAUCCAUACUGUCCCGAGGUCAACAUUGCAGAGAAGGGAACAAAUGAGAGGAAAAAGCCUAAGCCCAAGAAAGGGAAAAAUAAAAAGGAAGGUUCCUCUUCUGUUAUACUGGAUGCUGGUGCUGUUGUAGCAGAUGAAUCUAGAAAUAGCUGUAAGGAUGGGGAUUGUGCACCACGAGACAUUGAAGCUAGUAUUUCCCCCCCAAAUGGAGAUGAUUCAGUGUGUCCUGCGGUAAACAAUGCAGAGAACGGGAUACCAGAGAUGAAUAAGCCUAAGUGGAAGAAACAGAAGAAGAACAACCAGCAGCCAUCACCUUCUGCUGUGUUGGAUGCCACUGAUGUUGUGAUGGACAAAUCAGGGCAUGACAGCACAAAUGUGGGAGCUCCAUCAGGGGCUUCUGAUGUUACUAUCAGUCCCAGAAUUGGAGAGGGUCCAGAAUAUACCAAGUUAAACUCUACCGAUGAUUUCUUGGAGGAAAAUAAAGUGAAUAAAGACUACUCUCAGAAAUCUAAGCUCAAGAAACAGAUGAAAAAUAAGCACGAGCAAUCUCCUUCUGCUCUACUGGAUACUUGUGCUGUUGUGGAGGAUAAAUCUGGAAAUAGUUACGUAGAUGGGAAAGGUUCGCUAGGAGCUACUGAUAUUAGUACGAGUCCCAGAACUGGAAAGGAUCAUGACUGUCCUGAGGUAAACAUAGCUAAUGAUUUGGUGGAGGUAAAGAAUGGGAAUAACAACAACUCACAGAAACCUAAGAACAGGGAACGGAAAAGGAAGAAGAUGGCUCCAGUAGCUGGUACUGAGACACCCCCUGUGGGUGGUGUCAGCUCAGAUGAAAGGAAGGAUGCGUUUGAGACAGGCUCCAUGAAGGUUACAGCUAAGUCAACUAUUAUUUCCAUGACCUCCACCUCAGGAGAAAAUUACAAAGAAAAUGUCCGGGACAUCUACUCACCAGAAGGGUCGCUUGUAAGGUUUCAGAGGAAAAAACUUCUUAUUCUUGAUAUUAACGGUAUACUUGCGGAUAUCAAUACAGACCGUGAUGUUGCUCACAUGGCAGAUGGAAGGGUUCGAGGAAAAAAUGUCUUCAAAAGAUAUUACCUUGAUGAUUUUCUGAGAUUUUGCUUCCAGAACUUCGAGCUAGGGAUAUGGUCAUCGAGAAUGAAAGUAAAUGUGGAUGCUGUUCUUGAUAUCCUUAUGAAAGAUCUCAGGCGACACUUGCUAUUCUUCUGGGACGCUUCUCAAUGCACUACUACUAAUCGUGGUACUCUUGAAAACCGCUACAAACCAUUAGUAUUGAAGGAACUAAAGAAACUGUGGAAUAAAGAGGACCCUGAUCUUCCAUGGGAGCAAGGGGAAUUUUCACCUUCAAAUACUUUGCUUGUGGAUGAUUCUCCUUACAAGGCUCUGCGCAAUCCGCCACACACUGCCAUUUUUCCACAACCCUAUAGCUAUCAUAUGGAGGAGGAUGAAUCAUUGGGACCAGGUGGAGAUCUUCGUGUGUAUCUAGAGAACAUUGCUGCUGCAGAUGAUGUUCAGCGGUAUGUGCAGGAGCACCCUUUUGGUCAACCUUCCAUUACCGAGAGUCAUCCACAUUGGAAUUUCUAUGCGAAAAUACAUUGCACUGGAUAGACUCGAAUAUUCGGAUAGACGUGCAUGGUUGUGAGCUUCCGUACAGUGUCAGCAAGAGAUUUAGUGGGGCUUGUGUUGGUUGUUGGAUGGCAGGAAGUCCCGCUCUCAAGUUUUGUUUGUUCACUUAGCAUGGCUGCCUGUAGGCCUGUUUUGUUGCAUAGAUCAGUGGUCAGAAGAUAUAGCCGAUUCCAACAAUUUUGAUACUUUGUUUAGCUACGUGCUUAUCCUAAACUAGACGAACAUGUGAGCUUUGCCUCGCCGCCUGCAUGACGUUUUCUCACAGCGUGACUGGUGCGAGUUAUUUGGUGGCAGUAAACCUUUUAGCUUUGUUUGAUUC